CUCCCGCUCCUUACGCGUGUGGCAGCGGGAUAAAAAUGGCCUCUCGGCGGAUCACACGGGAGACGUUUGAUGCCGUGGUGCAGGACAAAGUGAAACGGUAUCGCGUGGAGCGGGGCGAGGGGAUGGAGGACUCCAUCCAUCACUUCAAAGCCCAUUCCAGGCCAGUCCCAAGGCCAAGGUACGGUGACGCUUUCCACGACGAUGGGAGGUACCCCCCCGACAGCACCCAGCACCUCCCACACGAUGCCUGGAGCCAGGAGCCUAGAGAGGACUACCCAGGGCCUUCCUACAGACCUGCCAGCCCUCUCCUGAGGAAGGACAACUACUACCACGAGCAGUAUGGCCGCCCAGCACCUCGGGACCGGGACUAUGGGCGCCCCGCUGCACACGACCGGGACUAUGGGCACCCAGCUCCCCGUGAGAGGGACUAUGGGCACCCAGCUGCCCAUGAGAGGGACUAUGGGCACCCAGCUCCCCACAACCAGGAGUAUGGGGGCCUGGAUCCUCAGGAGCAGGAGUAUGGCCCUGCUGACUCCUGGGAAUCCACAGGAGCACACCAGACUGACUUUAGUUCCUCGGAUAUUUUAGGUGAUUUUCGAUCCCCAGGGCUGAUGGAGGAGGACUUUGGCAGCAUGGAAGAUCAGGACUAUGAGGGGGACUUUGAGAUUCAGUCUGACAGCGAGUUCCGGCCCCCGCUGCGGAGGGGCAGCAUGGGCAGGGGCAGGGUGCUGCGAGGAAAGAGGAUUGCCAGGGGGCUUGUCAAGACAAAGAUCUUCAAAGGAGAGCUCAACCCCCACCUCAGGAAGUGGACCACUAAAAGGCUGCACCCAGGCCCUGAGCAGAAGCCAGGUAUGGAAGGUGACCAAAUGGCAGAGCCCUCCGAGCAACCCAGCCAGAGGCCAGCACCCGGCCAGCGCCACAACCCCAAGCUGCCUCCCCGACUUCACCAGAGGCCAGCCAUGCUGCCAAGCCAGAGGCCUAUCCUCAGGCUCCCAAAGCCUGCCCACGUUUUCAGAAACCUCAAUCUCGACCUGGUGGACAAGUCAGACAUCUUCUCCACCUUUGGGGUGGAGAUCAUCAAGUGGGCUGGCUUCCACGCCAUCAAGAGCGACGCCGAGUUCUCCCGGCUCUUCGGGGCCCUCUUCGAGCUGGAGACAGAGACCUGUGCCAAGAUGCUGGCUUCCUUCAAGUGCUCCCUGAAGCCAGAGCACAGAGAUUAUUGCUUCUUUACCAUCAAGAGCUUGCAGCACGCUGCCCUGAAAACCCCCAAAGUGGACAACGAGUUCUUGAACAUGCUGCUGGCCAAGGGUGCUGUGAAGACCAAGAACUGCUUCUUCGAGGUCAUCAAACCCUUUGAUAAGUACAUCAUGAGGCUCCAGGACCGCCUGCUGAAGGGGGUGACCCCUCUGCUGAUGGCCUGCAAUGCCUACGAGCUGAGCCUCAAGACAAGUGGCUUUGGGAACCCCAGGGAGCUAGCAGCAGCUUUCGAGACCACUGUCUCCCUCUGUCGUAAGUCUUUAGCACUCCUGGGGCAAACCUUUGCUCUAGCCUCUGUUUUCAGGCAAGAGAAGAUACUUGAAGCUGUAGGGCUCCAGGAAAUGGCUCCAGCACCAACACUGUUCCCAAACUUUGAUGAUUCAACCUUGUUUGGAAGGGAGUACAUUGAAAACUUGAAGGCUUGGCUGGAGAAGAGUGGAUACCCAAUUCAGCUGAGAAGAACCCAGCCAGAGUCCACCCUGCAGCCUCAGGCAGCCUCUCCUGACACAAAAGCACAGACCCCACAGCGAGCAGAUCCCAAAGUGCUGGAGACAAUUGAGGAGCUGGUGAGCAGCAUUGUGUCAGGAACCUUGUCUGCCAAGGAGAGGAGUGCUCAGAAGAGCUGCCCUGAGUAUUGGUUCCUGUCUGCUGAGGACAGUCUGGAGUACAAAUACUACAGGCUGAGGCUGGCAGAGAGACAGAGGAGAGCAUCAGCUGGCAUGGCAGAGGGUGCUGAGGGCAGGGCACUGGAGGAAGCUGCAACAGAAUCAGUCAGGGCCAUGCUGUAUGCCAGGAAGGUUGCAAGCAUCAAGAGAAAGCUGUUCAAGAGGAAAAGGCCUGGAACUGUCAGCCCACGUGGUGCUGGGGGCAGGAGGGUGAGGAGGACAACCACAGGCACUCAGACUGUGCUGUCAGCUGGCACUCUGCUGAAGCACCAAGAGCAGCCCCCGCAGGGCUCAGCCCAGUCAAAGCCUUCUGCAGCACAAACCAGCCUGGCUGAGAAGAAUUCUUCCCUCCAGCCAGCCUCCUCCUCACAGUGUGCCACCAGCUCAGAGCUCUCUCUGCCAGCAGAAGAGAAGGCAGAACCUGAGGAUUUGUUGGCCCCACCUGAACUUUUCCCACCAUUGUCCUCCCACUUUCCUGAUGUGGAUGCUAAAACAAUGGAAACUGCUGAGAAGUUGGCCAAGUUUGUUGCUCAGGUAGGACCAGAAAUCGAGCAGUUCAGCAUAGACAACAGUGCAGAUAACCCAGACCUCUGGUUCCUCCAGGAUCGGAACAGUUCUGCUUUCAAGUUCUACAGGAUGAAGGUCUAUGAGUUGUGUCCCUCCAUCAACUUCAGUGCUGUGGCAGAAGCAGCUGAGGCUGGGGAGAGUGUUAAACCUGAAGAGAGAAAUUUGGAUGUCUCAGAAGAGGAAGAGGAGGAAGAAGAAGAAGAAGAGGAGGAGGAGGAAGAAGAGAAUGAGGAGGAAGCUGAGUUUGAGGAGGAUAUCUCCCAGCCUUUGGAAGAGAUGGAGCAGGCAGAGGAGGGAGAAGAGGAUGACAUGGCAGCAGGUAGAAGUGUGGCAGACCUAGCUGAGGAGCUGGUUUCCAGAAGAGGAGAGGAGACUGCAGCAGGGGAAGUGGAGCUGCCCCCAGGCUCUGACGGUGGUGUCCCCACUCUGUCGACACAGGCAGCCAGCCCUGCGCCCGGGGCCCCCUUCCCCCGCAAGAGAGUCAGCAGCAAGUCCCUGAAGGUUGGCUUGAUCCCUGCCUCUAAAAGGGUUUGCCUCAUAGAGGAACCAAAAGUGCAUGAACCUGUCAGAAUUGCUUAUGACAGACCUCGUGGCUGCCCAGUUACAAAGAAGAAGAAGAAACCCAAAGAUUUAGAGUUCCCCCACAAGAAGCUGACAAACAGGAAUGUGGGCUUCCAGAUGCUGCAGAAGAUGGGCUGGCAGGAGGGCCAUGGCCUUGGGACACGAGGAAAAGGAAUCAGAGAGCCUGUAAAAGUGGGUGCUACAUCUGCAGGGGAGGGCUUGGGUGUUGCAGGGGAAGAGAAUAAAGAAGAUGCAUUUGAUGUUUUCCGACAGAGAAUGAUUCAAAUGUACAGGCAGAAAAGAGCCAGUAAAUAG